AGAGGAGCUUCAGUGUAGAGGGAAUGAAUCUCAGGUUCACUUCUGUCCAACAUCACCUUCACUCAAUCCCUACUGCUCCCAUGAUAAUGACAUGGGACUUGUGUGUGCUGACAGUAUAAGGUUGGUGGAUGGUGACAGUCGCUGUGCUGGGAGAGUGGAGGUUCUUCUUGAUGAUCAGUGGGGAACAGUGUGUGUUGAUAACUGGGAUAUGAGAGAUGCUGCAGUGGUGUGUAGAGAGCUGCGCUGUGGAGAGGCUGUAGAUGCACUGAGUGAUGCUCACUUUGGAUCAGGAUCAGGACCAAUCUGGAUGGGUGAUGUGCACUGCAGCGGAUCAGAGUCUUUACUAAGGAAUUGUUUUUCACUAGAUUCGAGUAAACAUAACUGUGAUCAUUCCAAAGAUGCUGGAGUCAUCUGUUCAGGAGUCAGACUGGUUGGUGGUUCUCGCUGCUCUGGGAGGGUGGAGGUGCUUCAUGGAGAGACCUGGUCCACAGUGUGUGAUGCUGGAUUUGACCAGCAGGAUGCAGAGGUUGUGUGUCGAGAGCUGGGCUGUGGGCUUCCUGUGGAGGUGCUGGGAGCAGCUGCUUUUGGCAGAGGGGAUGGUCAGGUGAGGUCAGAGGCGCUUCAGUGUAGAGGCAACGAAUCUCAGAUUCACUUCUGUCCAACAUCAUCUUCACUUAAACACAACUGCACCAAUGAAAACGAUGUGGGACUGAUAUGUGCUGACAGUGUGAGAUUGGUGGAUGGUGGCAGUCGCUGUGCUGGAAGAGUGGAGAUUCUUCAUAGAGGACAGUGGGGAACAGUUUGUGCUGUUGGUGGGAGUGUAAUAGCGGCAGCAGUGGUGUGCAGGCAAUUGGACUGUGGGGAGCCACUAAAUAUUGAUCUUGCUGUAGGAGGUUCUGGACCGAUCUGGAUGAGUCAUGUUGACUGCAGUGGAUCAGAGUCUACACUGAAAAACUGUGGAUCACUGGGAUGGGGCAAACAUAGCUGUGUUCAUUAUAUGGAUGCAGAAAUUAUCUGUUCAGGUCACAGGAAGUCAAAACUUAUUGAUGGUCCUCAUCGCUGCUCUGGGAGAGUGGAGGUGCUUCAUGGGAAGACCUGGGCCUCGGUGUGCAAUGCUGGCUUUGACCAGCAGGAUGCAGAGGUUGUGUGUCGAGAGCUGGACUGUGGGCUUCCUGUGGAGGUGCUGGGAGCAGCUGCUUUUGGCAGAGGGGAGGGUCAGAUGUGGUCAGAGGAGCUUCAGUGUAGAGGGGAUGAAUCUGAGAUUACCUUUUGUACAACAUCAUCUUCACUGAGACUCAACUGCACUCAUGACAGUGACGUGGGACUAAUAUGUUCUGGUCACACUCAGGCUCGACUAGUGAACAGCUUGGACACCUGUUCUGGUCGAGUGGAGCUCCAGUACCUCAGUGAGUGGGGCACAGUGUGUGAUGUGAGCUGGGAUAUGAGAGCUGCCAGUGUCCUCUGUGGUCAGCUGAAGUGUGGGAGUGCUGUGGCUGUGUUGGGGUCAGACUGGUUUGGGGAGGGGAGUGGCCAGAUCUGGGCUGAUGUGUUUGAUUGUCAGGGAAACGAAACACACCUGUCAAAAUGUCCCAUUUCAUCAUGGAGUCGAACUGUAUGCUCUCAUAAACAGGAUGCUGGAGUCAUCUGCAGUGGUUCCCCUCUGGCACUUAAUGAGGGGCGAGUGCGGUUGUCUGGAGGGAUGGAGUGUGAGGGGGAGGUGGAGGUGUACUUCAGGCAGGACUGGAGGAGAGUUCUGCUGGACUCCUGGAGUGAGUCUGAGGCCUCUGUGGUCUGCAGACAGCUGGGCUGUGGCUCUGUGAUCAGCUUCUCCAGCUCCUCUACAUCCAGUCCUGAACACAGACACAUGUGUGUGACGGGUUUCAACUGUACAGGGAGUGAAGCUCAUCUGGGGAACUGCAGCAGCGCAGAAGCAGUCAACUGCAGCUCCAGAGAACAGCUCUCAAUCACCUGCUCUACUCACAGCUCCAUCAGGCUGGUUGGUUCUGGGGGAGACUGUGCAGGAAGGCUGGAGGUUUUCCACAGUGGCUCAUGGGGGACAGUGAGUGAUGACUUGUGGGAUAUUAAGAAUGCUCAGGUGGUGUGCAGACAGCUGCAGUGUGGAGUGGCCCUCAGUGCUCCGGUACCAACCCAGUUUGGACCUGGAACUGGACGCAUAUGGCUAAAUGAGGUGGAGUGUGAGGGGAACGAGGCGUCCCUGUGGAAAUGCAGAUUUCAGCUGUGUGGAGAAAAUGAAUGUGGACACAAGGACGAUGUAGGAGUCAUGUGCUCAGAGUUUAAAGAGAUCAGACUCACUGAUGGCUGUAAGGGGAAUCUGGAAGUGUUCUACAAUGGAACCUGGGGUAAUGUGUGUUUAAAUGAUGUGGAGGAGGAAACAAUUAAUUUGAUCUGUCAGGAGCUGAACUGUGGAAGAAAAGGCAGUUUGAGCCAAACCAAAGCAAGAGUGAAAUCAGCUCCUAACUGGCUGGAUGAUCUGAAAUGUAGGAAACAUGACUUUACUGUAUGGCAGUGUCCAUCUUCACCCUGGGGACAGAACAACUGUGAUAAUAGUGAUGAAGUGGCGCACAUUACUUGCUCGGAACCAACAGGAGAGAAAAAAUACCUUGCACUGCAAAACCAUCUGAAAUGCUCAUUUCCCAACCACAGACAAUGCUCGAAUCACCUGCAUGUCAGACUGAGGGGAGGAACAGGAAUCUGCUCUGGGAGGCUGGAGGUGUAUCAUAACGCUGAGUGGGGAUCCAUCUGUGAUAAUCUGUGGGACAUCAAGGACGCUCAGGUGGUCUGUAGGCAGCUGGGCUGUGGGCCGGCGCUGAGUGCUGAUGGGAGUGCUGUCUUUGGUGCUGGUGAAGGACCUAUCUGGCUGAACAGAGUGAAGUGUAGAGGGAAUGAGAUUCACCUGUGGGACUGUCCUCAUUCCCUGAAGAACCACACUGACUGCUCCCACAGGCAGGACGCUGGAGUCACCUGUACAGACCUAUCUGUAUCCCCCACUGUUACAUCCAAAGUAACUACCAUUACCAUCACAGGUACUGUUUUUAUUAAAAUAUGUGUUUUUUUUCUUCUAAAUGUUUCUAAAUGCAGUGUGCCAUAG